ACCUGUCAUUUUACUGUCUAUGGUCAUACAUUUCAUCUGCUCUUGCAAAUCUGUAUUAUGCUGACGUUUGCAUUAACGGUCGUUCGACAUGGGGAAACACAAUACAACAGAGAUAAAUUGCUUCAAGGUCAGGGCAUUGACACACCGCUGUCAGAGACGGGACAUAAGCAGGCGGCCGCAGCUGGCCGGUACCUCAAAGAUCUGCAUUUCACCAAUGUCUUUGUCAGUAACCUGCAAAGAGCCGUCCAGACAGCUGAAAUCAUUUUAGGAAACAACCUCCAUUCUUCUGCGACUGAGAUGAUAUUGGAUCCUUUUCUCAGAGAGAGGGGUUUCGGGGUGGCAGAGGGAAGACCAAAGGAACAUCUGAAGAACAUGGCAAACGCAGCGGGUCAGGCCUGCCGAGAUUACACGCCUCCCGGCGGAGAGACGCUGGAACAGGUAAAGACACGCUUCAAGAAGUUCCUCAAAUCCUUAUAUCAGUGCAUGUUAGAGGAACACGGCUCAUCUGACCAGUGUUCUGCAUCCAGCUCUGGACCAUCAGAACCAGAACAGCCUGUCAUUGCUGGACUAGCCAGUGACGGAGUCCACAACGUACACGUCCAUGCUCUGAUCGUUAGUCACGGGGCGUUUAUUCGUGUGUCUGUGCGUCACCUAGUAGAGGACCUGCAGUGCUGUCUGCCAGCAGGCCUGAAGAUGAACCAGGUGUUCUCCCCGUGCCCGAACACUGGCAUCAGCAGGUUCAUCAUCACCCUCCGCAGAGAGGAGAGCGCCCGCAUCCAGUGUAUCUUUAUCAACAGAAAAGACCACCUGGAUGAUGUCAAAAACUCUGAUUAACAGUAUUAUGUGACUGUUUGGUUUAUCUGGCAUUGCCAGUGUUUUUAUUUAUUGCUCCUUACAAAUUCAACGACUGAAGCGAAAAGCACAUAUAAGUCUGUGUGAUUGAUUUUAUUGUGUAAAUUAUUUAACUGCAGUGAUUUAUUUAUCCCGUCCGCUGACUGAAUGCAAACAAUCGUGAGACGUCUUUUUGAUGUUGUCCGUUAUAUAAGCACUUUAUACUCGCACUACUGUGGUUUUGGCCUCUAAAAUGCUGCAGUAUUCACGCAUACUGAACAUGUAUAUUAAUUUUUAUGCAAUAAAGAGAUUCAGAGAAAUGUAAA